AUGGUUAUAGUUACGAGAACGUUACCCAUGGAACACGGAAUUUCAGGCGACGAUGCCCUUCCAACUGUAAUUGAACGCUAUCUGACGGACGAACAGAUCCAAACAUUUAUUGAGAAUGGUGUACUGGUUGUGCCUAAUAUCCUAACGCCAGAUGAGGUGGCUGCAGCGCGCCAUGGUCUUCACGCUGAGCUCGCUAAGUACGACGUGUUACAUGACAAUUUAAAAGAGACCGGAAGAAACCUUAAGAAACUUUCAAGUACUGGAGGUGCAGGCGGCAUUCUUGACCUCUUUUACCCAUCGUGGAGACUUAAAGUAGCUGAACACGAUCGUAUAUUCGCAGCAAUGACAGAUUUGUGGCAGGCAACGUAUGCAAAUAAUUCCUCGGACUUUCAGCAUCCAUUUGGAAAAUUUAAUGGUAAACGUGGAUACAUGUACAUUAACCGCGUAUGUUAUCGCGUGCCUGAUGCAAUUUCAAAACGAUUUGGAGCGAAAAAGUCGCGUCCAAUGCAGAGGUCAUUAACGCCACACUGGGACUGUUGUCCGAUCAAAAUGUAUGAUUCAGGCAAAGCAACACCACGUUGGCGACCAAUCCAGUGCAUCACAGUGCUAACUAGCAAUACAGAGCCAAACACUGGUGGAUUCGAAUGUGUGCCUGGAUUUCACAAAGAAUUUGCGAAUUACGCACUGAAACAGCAGGACCUUGGACUUGAAGAUUCGUACCGAUCGCAAGUUUGUCUCGGAGACUUCUCACCUUUACGCAUGCAGGAAGACCGUGCUGUCAUUGAUCGCUACCAGCACAUAAGCUGUGAAGCUGGUAGUGUGAUCUUUUUUGAUUGGCGGCUUCCACAUGCGAAUAGCUACAAACAUAUUGGUCAAAUCCCGCGUGAGGUCAUUUACACGGGGUUUCUUCCUGAUACGCUGAUGAAUCGAGAAUAUGUGAAGGAGCAACUACGUCGCUAUCAAGCUCGUUUAGUUCCCACUGAUCACUGGCAAAAAGAUGAUGUAGAUGCUCGAGUUUUGGAGGAAUACUCCACUCACCACUUUUCUGCAUUAGGCUCACGCCUUAUUGGUCUAUAUCCAUGGUAA